UCAGCUCGCCACAAGCAUCGGGGCACCCCUUUCUCCCAUCCUACGCUCUCACUCUCUUUCUUCAUUUCCCACCGUGCAGAGAGUCGACACGACACGACACCGACGACAACCGCGCGCCGCAUACAGAAGACGGCAUAAAACACAAGCGAGCAAGAGAGGAGAGUUGACCCGAAAAAAAAGUUGCAGCGCUCCUCCGCCUCGUGACGACCGGCCUUUUUUUUUUUUUUAAACCCCCCCUUUGAGGGCUCACGUUUGCCUGCGGGAAAGGCGAGCGGAAAAGAGAGAAGAAGAAGAACAAAAGAGAAAGAGGUAGGAGGAGAGAGAGACAGACAGAGAAAGAGAGAGAGGAAUAUCGCGAUGCGAUCAUCGGCUAUGCGCGCUGCGCUGCGCCCCGAGAUGCAGCGCGCGGUGGCGGCGAGGCUCAUGUCCACGUCGCGGACGGCCAUGACUGCUACGACGAUGGCGAAGGCGACGACAGGGAGCAGCAGCAGCAGCGGCAGCAGCAGCAGCAACAGUAACGGACCGCGGCGGCGGCGGGAUGCACACGGGCUCGUCGGCACGCCGUCAAUACGCAGAGCGCUCUUCUCGCACUCCGCCAGCGUGUCGUCGCCGUCGUCCUCGGCCGCCGAGGUCACAGAACCGCCAUCAGCAGCAUCGACAGCGCAACCCUCGCAGGAGCCAGACACCCUCUACGGCUACUUCCCCUCGACGCUCCCCGACGGGCCCCCCCCGCGCGGCCACUUCCCCAUCGACACGGCCCUCCUGCGGCGCGAGUUCCUCCGCCUGCAGGCCGCCCACCACCCGGACAAGCACCCCUCGGGCCCGGCCAAGGCCCUCGCCGAGCGCUCCUCGGCCGCCAUCAACCACGCCUACCGCACCCUCGCCGACCCCCUCCUCCGCGCCCAGUACCUCCUCGCCCUGCGCGGCGUCGACGUCGCCCACGACGAGGCCCUCCGCGCCGACGACCAGCCCGCCCUCCUCGCCGCCGUCAUGGACGCCCACGAGGCCAUCGAGGACGCCGUCCGGCCCCAGGACCUCGACCCCCUGCGCGGCGACAACGACCGCCGCGUCGCGCGCAGCGUGCGGCUCCUCGAGGACGCGUUCCGCCGGGACGACGUCGACGCCGCCAAGCGCGAGGCCGUCCGCCUGCGCUACUGGAUCAACAUUCGCGACAGCAUACACAACUGGGAGGAGGGCCGCCCCGUCGUGCUGCAGCACUGAUCUGGGUGUACUACUGCUACUACUACCACUUCCACCACUUCCACCACUUCCACCACCACCACCACCACUCCGUAGCACGACGACUACGUGCAAAUGCAGCGCAGCGCAUGUGUGCUGACCUGCUCCGUUGCCUGCCUGCCAGCCCGCUCCCUCUCGCCCGCGC